AUGCUGCACCCAUCGUGGCAGCAAUCUUAUCAAUGGAAUUUUGAGAAAUUGGGAACCAGAGAAACACAUUACAAUAUUUGGACAAGAAAAAUGAAUAAAGAAAUGGACUUCACUGUGAUUUUGGCAAGCAGCUUUCUUGUAGUACUUCUCUGUUCUCCAUUAGCUUCUUCCCAGAGUACUGCUGCCCCUCCAACCCUCCCCCCCACUCCGACUCCGACACCGGCGCCUGCUCCCGCGCCAGAAUAUGUGAACCUCGCCGACCUUCUGUCGGUGGCCGGCCCAUUCCAAACCUUCCUCAACUACCUUCAGUCCACCAAAACCAUGCAAACCUUCCAAAACCAAGCAAACGACACGGUCGAAGGCCUCACCCUCUUUGUCCCAAAAGACCAAGCUUUCAAAUCACUAAAGAACCCCUCCCUCUCCAACCUCACGGAAGACCAAAUCAAGCAACUUUGCCUCUUCCAUGCCUUACCUCAUUACUACACUCUUGCCGACUUCGUCAACCUGAGCCAGACCGGCCCAGUCGACUCAAUGGCCGGGGACGAUUAUUCGUUGAAUUUCACGGAUGUGUCGGGAACCGUGCAAUUGGACUCCGGCUGGACCAGGACGAAGGUCAGCAGCGCGGUUCAUGCCACUGAACCGGUGGCUAUUUAUCAGGUGGACAAGGUGCUUCUGCCCGAGGCUAUCUUUGGGACUGAUAUACCUCCGGUUCCGGCGCCGGCUCCGGCACCAGACAUUGCUCCGGCGGCGGAUACGGAGAAAGGGGGAAGUGGGUUGUCCCCUACGUCUUUGUUUUCAUCUUCUGGUUAUAGUGUCGCCAAACUGGGGGCUGUUUGUGUUGAACUGGUUUAUUUGGUAGUUCUCGCUUUUGGCUAUCUAAUUUGA